AUGCCAUCAAUCAAGAUCUUUUUCAAACAACUUUUCACCUUCCUCUCCUGUCACGCCGGUGACGACAAAGACGAGGCCCCUCCUCGUCCUUUUGUGGUCGGAGGUCCUACAGACUUCUGCCACAAAGAGACAAGAGGUGGAGGCCCUCUCCUUGCGCCUAUUGUUGGUGCCCCUCCGCCUUAUGUGCUCAAGCAGAAGCGACUUUCUUUGUUUGCGAAAAAGCACAAAAUUACUGCAAUGAACACGGCAUCCAGAGAAAGCAUGAGAGCACCUGUUUUCAGCGUUGAGAAAAGCAGCGAUGUUGGGAUCUUGACUCUCAGAACUGCGCCAGCAGGAGCAGCUUAUUACACAGCACACAGCACACAGCACACAGCACACAGCACACAGCACCGCGGCACCCGCGAUAUUAAUGUUGUCCCGAUUGCUGCCUGCAUUCAAUUGGUGCCUAGAAGUCAUCGGGCGGGUUGCAUGAGCAUUGAUGCGCACCGCCACAGCUUUGCUCAUGCAGCCAAGGAAGUUCCAUUCAUGCAGUCAACGCUUCUGGAAGGUGGUCGAUUAUGCUACAGUACAUCCCGUGCAGGGGUCGCGCGGACCGCAGUGCAGAGUUUUUCUUGCCGUGGUCUCCAGCAGGUGUGUAUGUCACUUUGUGGAAAUGGCGAAAAGACCCCUCUUGCCAAAUCUGCAACAUUGACUGGAACUCGAGAGACAGUCCUCAGCAACAAAGGUAUACAGUACUUCAUCAGCGAGAAGUCAGCGAAAAGUCAUAGAGUCAGCAAGAAGUGA